AUGCCCAAAACCAUCCAAUCUUUACAAGAAAACAAGAAACCAUUCCAUCGAAGGAAUGGUUCAGGCGAGAUUCAUAUUUUUGAAUCUGCUCGUAACUUUGAAAGCAGUACUGACGCCACCCUCGCUCAUAAAAGCUAUAUGAGAGAGGGUGGUGGAAGACUGAGUCUUGAUAUCCCUAAUGGAAGAUUGAGUCUUGAUAUCCCUAACACUAGACGAAACUCGAUUCCUUUACAAGCCAUGUUGAUGGAGAACCGAAAGUCGGUUCCCUUACAAAGCAUGAUAAUGGAUCAAAAUCCUAUGAUGAUCAAGAAUAAUGACAAGAAGCAUAAACAACCAAGCUCACCAGGAGGAAAGUUGGCUCAUUUCUUGAACUCACUUUUCAACCAAACAUCUUCUAAGAAAUCAAAGUCCAAAUCAAAGUCAACCACACCAACAUAUUCUAUGAAAGAUGAAGAUGAGAGCCCAAGUGGAUGGAGAAGAAAAAGAAGGAGUAGCAUUAGCCUUUUCAGAAGUGGAAAUAGUAAUUCCACCACUAAUGCAAGUGACACAAAAUCUUUUAACUCAAGAACACUUCUACAACCACCCAUAAAGAGCACACCUUAUAAAGAUCUUAGAACACAUUCAGACCAAAAGCCUGCAUGUGAAAUUACCAGAAUACCCAUCAAUGAAAACCACAACAAGAAUGAAAACCUAAUGAUCAAAAGUGUGUUGCCUGAGCAAAAAAGAAGUUCUGGAAAUGGGUUAUUGGAGAAAGUUAGGGUUUGUGAUGUAAUUCACAAUGAUGAUCAUCAGAAACAUGAUCCAAAGGUGGAGAUUAAAGAACUCAAAAGUUUCAUUCUUGAUGAUGAUGAUGGUGGAGAUAGUGAUUCAAGUUCUGAUCUUUUUGAGUUAACAAACUGUGAUUUGGGUUACUAUUCUUCAAGUGGUUUGCCAGUUUUUGAAACAACACAUAUGGAUAGCAUCAAGAGGGGUGCACCAAUCUCUAGCUAG